AUGGCGGCCCGCCUGAGCGUGGUUGUGAGGACCGGAGGUGCAGCAGUCAGGGGGCUGCUGCCGGUAAGCAGACCGUUGUCGAGGCGGCGGCCUGGCCCCUUUAAUCCGCAACGCUCCACACACGGAGUCCGGAGCAGUUUGUACGAGCAUGUCCGUGAAGGCUACAGCGACAAGCCCGAGCUGGACAUGAGAGCGGUCUGCGAGGAGACUCACAAAGUCAUCGCUAAUGUCGAGAGCAGGAAGGGCGAGCUGCGAGGGGACGACGUCGGAAAGAUUGUGGCUGUGUGGCAGCAGCUCCAAGCAGUGAAGAAGGAAAUCUCUGAGCUGGAGCAGGAGAAGAGGAGCAUCAGCCAGACCGUCAGAGAGCUGGUGAGCCAGCAUGACAAGAAGACUGUGGCUGAUCUUCCAGAGUACACCCAGUGUCUGCAGCGAGGACGGGAGAUCCGGCACCGGCUGAACCAGCUCUACCUCACAGAGACCGGUCUGGAUGAGGAACACUACAGCCGAGCGCUCAGGCUGCCCAACUCCACGCACCCUGAUGUGCCGGUGGGAGAUGAGAGCCAGGCGAGAGUGUUGGAGAUAGUUGGACAGAAACCAGAGUUUGACUUUAAGCCCAGAAGUCACGUGGAGCUAGGGGAGGAGUUGGGUGUCAUCAGGCAGAGGCAUCUGUCCCACGUUACGGGCCACCGUUCGUACUAUCUCUGGGGAAUGGGGGCCAGACUUCAAACUGCGCUCCAAAACUUUGCACUCGACAUUCUCCAGCAGCGGGGCUUCGUUCCUGUGGUUGUGCCUGACAUGCUGAAGGCAGCAGUGUUUGAGGGUUGUGGGAUGCAGCCCAAUGCCUAUCGCUCUCAGGUCUACUCCCUGGACCCGACUCGAUUCCCAGACCUGAAACUGGCUGGGACCGGAGAGGUCGGGAUGGCAGGCUAUUUCAUGGAUCAUGCAGUAAACUGGAAGGAUCUCCCCAUCAGAUCUGUGUGCUGCAGCACCUGCUACAGACCAGAGACGGACACGGGCAGAGAGACGUGGGGGCUCUACAGAGUUCAUCACUUCAACAAGGUGGAGAUGUUUGGAGUGACGGCGGAUGAGACUGGAGAGGAAAGCGCUCAGCUGCUGGAGGAGUUUGUCAGUUUGCAGAAGGAGAUGUUUUCUACCCUGGAGCUUCACUGCAGAGUGCUGGACAUGCCAACUCAGGAGCUAGGUCCUCCUGCAAAUAGGAAGUAUGACAUUGAAGCGUGGAUGCCUGGGAGGAACAGCUAUGGAGAGAUUUCCAGUGGAUCCAACUGUACGGAUUACCAGAGCAGACGUCUGAACAUCCUGUAUGAGCGAGAAGAUGGCAGCCUGCAGUACGCCCACACAGUGAACGCUACAGCCUGCGCAAUUCCCCGAAUGAUCAUCUCCAUCUUAGAGACUCACCAGAAUAAAGAUGGAUCCGUGCGCGUUCCUCAAGCCCUGAAGCCUUAUUUGGGUCUGGAUGUGAUUGAGAAGCCAAAGUCCACACCACUGAAAUACAUUGGACCCAACCAGGCUCGUCGCCCCCCCAGACCUGCCCCUAAACCAAGAUGAGGGUCCCACAAAGGGAACGCUUCAGCUCCAGCCAACGGCCACGCGCUCUGACGCCGGGAGGAGAUUCCUGCACAUCCACUUCCUAAAAAUCUAAUAAAAUGUUUUCAAACAGCUUA